AUUCUGCACUGCCACUGCUAAUCAGCUGUUGAUGAUGCUUUAAUUUGCUUAUUCUUGUGUUUGCAUUUAUGAACGAAAUAGAAUAAUGGAAAAGCUAAUAAUUAAUUUAAUUUUUGAUCUGGACGAUAAAACAAGUGAUGCAAAAUUGUGCAAUCGACUAAAGAGAAAUAUAAUUAAAAAAAAAAGAAGAAAUUUAUUGCUAAAAAUUUUUCUGGAUAAGAAGAGGCGAAUUCCUAAAGUGCUGGAUUACUUUAAAGUUAUACAAAAGUAUCCUGAAGACAUAUUUUUUGAUCAUUUUCGAAUGAGACGUGAAACAUUUCAAAAUUUGCUACGCGAACUAAAGCCGUUCUGGUGUACAUUUAGAAAAGGACGUUUAUCUUUCAACUUGGAGCAAUGUUUGUAUAUUACGUUGUGGAAGUUAAGCAAUUGUGGGGUAACCUUUCGACAUUUAAGCGAUCGUUUUAAUGUAGCAAAAGGUACCGUUCACAAAAUUUUCCACAAAACUGUAAGAGCUAUUUGUUGUUUAAAAAAGGAAAUAAUAUGGCCUUCAGUAUUGGAGCAACACACCAUAAUGGAAAAUUUCCAAAAUAGCAGAGAAAAUCCAUUCCCUUUCGUUAUAGGUUGUGUCGACGGUACACAUGUCAAAAUCCCAAAACCAAAAGAAGAUCCUAUAAGCUACUAUAAUAGGAAAGGAUUUUAUUCUAUUAAUGUGCAAGCCAUAUGCGACAACAAAUUUCGUUUCCUGGAUGUUUUUAUUGGGUACCCUGGUAGUUGUCAUGACGCCAAUGUAUGGAAUAAUAGUCCAAUUUAUAAUUCGGUUGUCGGUGGUCAAAUACAACUUGCUCAGAACGCAAUAAUACUUGGAGACUCAGCGUAUCCACUUUCUACGUUUUUGUUGACUCCAUACAGAGAUAACGGUCACCUUACGCGUGAACAAAAGAAAUUUAACUUUUGCCUUAGCUCGACUCGUGUUAUGAUUGAGCAAGCGUUUGGGAUCUUAAAAAAUAAAUUUAGAAUAUUAUAUAGCAUGGACACAGCGAGCCAUAAAAAAAUUUCUAAAAUUGUGUUCGCUUGUACUAUUCUCCAUAAUUUUAUUAUUAAUAACGGAAACCCAUCAGAAUACAUAUCAUCAAAUAAUAAUGUAAUAGAAAACGACGAUUUUUCUAGCACUACAAUAAAUGAACUACCAACGGGCGAAGAUGAAGACGGAGUUACUUUAAGAAAUAACUUAACAACAUUAUUUUCAAGUUAAUUUCAAUUUAUUUUAUACUUUUUAAAAAGCUUUUGCAUAAAUAAUAAAAAAAAUAAAAUUCCAUAAAACAUUUGUACACAGCAACUAAUUACUAAUUUAAAAACAUUCUUUGAUAUAAUAGGUACAUUUAUUUUAUUUAUUCACCAUUGCUUUUUCUAGCACCUCCUUUAAUUCCAUCAUGGCAUUUAUACGUCUUUCUUCUAUGAGUAGU